GAGCGCCUCACCACCAUCAGCGCCCGCGGCGGCGCUCCGCGUGACGUCGCUCCGGGGGGAGGCGCCGAUUGGCUGGCACGGCCUGGCGCCAAUACGUGUCUGCCCGCGAUUGGCCCAUGGCGGCGCCGCGGCGGCAGCGCGCGCGGCGGUACCGUUUCGAGGAGGGUCCGGCGGCGCUGGCCGUGCGCGUGCCCGAGGUGCUGGACUCGCAGUACGGCAUGUACGUGUGGCCCUCCGCCGUGGUCCUGGCCCAAUACCUGUGGACGCACAGGCGGAGCCUGCCCGGGAAGCGAGUGCUGGAGAUCGGUGCCGGUGUGAGUCUCCCCGGCGUGGUGGCCGCCAGGUGUGGUGCCCAGGUGAUCCUGUCAGACAGCGAGGAGCUGCCCCAGUGCCUGCAGAGCUGCCGCAGCAGCUGCCUCAUGAAUCGCCUGCCGCACGUGCCCGUCCUCGGCCUCACCUGGGGCCGGGUGUCGCCAGAACUGCUCUCUCUUGCGCCCAUAGACAUUAUUUUAGGCUCAGAUGUCUUUUUUGACCCCAAAGACUUUGAAGAUAUUUUAACUACAAUUUACUUCUUGUUGGAGAAGAACCCACAUGCUCAAUUCUGGACAACAUACCAAGUCCGAAGUGCUGACUGGUCUAUCGAGGCUCUGCUCCACAAAUGGAACCUGAAGAGCAUCCACGUUCCCCUGCACUCCUUUGGUGCAGACAAAGAGCACUUGGCCAGCUCCUCUAUGCCAGGAAGACACACAAUUGAAAUGAUGAUCAUCUCACUAGCACAGUCAGAGGGCACUUCACUUUAUUCCACUUUAGAUUGCAGUACAAGGUGAUACUCAGCUGUUCACUGUAGCACAGAGCUGCAGAGAACAGUCCUAGUUACAGCAAACCUCAUGGAUAUUUUGGGGAAGCAGCAAUUCCUAAAACAUGCAUUGUAAAAAUAAAGCUGUUUGGUUUUCCA